CAAAAAUGGCGCUAUGAUCCACUGGGGUAGCUCAAUACCCUGUACCCUCUACAUAGACAGCAGAAAGGAAUGUGACCUCAACCUGCCUGACAGUGCCUCCUGGCAGCAGAUAACCUCCGAGGUAACCCAGAAGUUUAAACUCACUCCCGGUAACUGGUUCUACACACUUAGUGACCUGGGAUCCAGCGAAGAGGUUGCCAGCGAGGAACACUUCAGGACAAUCAAGGAAACCUGUGCUAACACACGGCAGUUACUACAACUGAAUGUUACCACCGGACCAGGUGUGGCUAAUGCGGGGGUGCCGGUUGUUGUUGACGAGACAUCCCCUAAGUUUCAGACCGCUGUGGAACUAGCUGUACAGAACUACCUGAGUAAACACGGUCCAGAGCUGAUCAGGGAUCUGGCACACCGCAGUAAGCUGUGUUGUUGUAAUAAAACUCAGCGGAGAUCAGGCUGCUCAUCAGAAUCAGGUGGUGUGAACUCCCACCUGCAAGUGGUACAGGGUGAUAUGGUACUAGAUAAUUGCGAUGCUAUGUUUAUCGGAGAUCAACAUUCCUCGCAAGUUUCCCAGGUGUCCUCCUCCCUUCCUCUCUACUCCAGUUUCCUGACAAUUAGCACUAACCAGGAGCCAGCUCCAGAUAACCAGUCCCAAGACAGGGGGAGUAGGAAGUCUAACCGUGAGGAGGAUGUAGAUAACCAGGUUUGUAGCAGCAAGAGAGCUAAAGCAAUACCCCCUGACAAGGAGUACAUCCUGGGGCCCUGUAAGAACAGUAUAGUAACAGUAACCCCCGGUACGGAGGUGGAGGUAGUGUGGAGUCUUGUGGUGAAACAGGGUGUUGAGAGCUGCUGGGAGCUGGUUGAUGAAGGUGGGACGAUCCAUCCUGUAGGUGGGGCGGGGGUGGGCAAGUGGACCUCCUCCACUGAUAAUAUCCAGGAGUUCUCUGUGAAGUUUGUAGCCCCCUCUGCUGAGGGGAUGUAUGAGAGUAAGUGGACGCUACUGCAGGACUCUAUCGGCAGGGAGGCGAUUACUUUGUGUAGUAUGAAAGUUCAGAUAAAUACGGAUAAGAAAGGUGGUUCUCUUGCGUGUCAUGGUAAUAUUCCUGCUGAUAUUUCUGUACCUAAACUGCUGAAUAGUAACAAGGUGUUUUGUAUGAGUAGUGAGGAGAUGCCUUCCUCCAGUGGGGAUUAGAAUUAAAUGUUUGAUAAAUCAUAUAUUAUACUCGCAUUAUUGUUUCAUUAUUAAUUGAUGAUUUUUAACUGAUCUUAUUUGAAUCUUUUGAUCUCUAGUUAAUUCUAAUUUUGUCGCGCCGGUGUUGUUAUAUUAUUAUGAUGUGGACA